AUGCCGACGGUUGAACUCCAGAUGGACUGCUACGGCUGUGCGAAGAAUAUCUCCAAGGCCCUCAAGAAAGUAGCUGGGGUGGAGGACGUCUGGUGGUCGAGCUCGGAGCAGAAGGUGUGGGUCCAGGGCACUGCGAGCGCGCAGGAGCUCAAGACGCGGCUCGAGAUCAAGCUGAGGAGGCCCGUCAGCAUCCUCUCCCACCGCGUGAUCGAUCCGCCGGCACCGUCGCGCAGGGCGCCCUCGCCUCCUCCACCUACUCCCCCGGCACCGUCGCGGAGGGCGCCCUCACCUCCUCCACCUACUCGGCAGGCACCGUCGCGCAGGGCGCCCUCGCCUCCUCCACCUACUCGGGCACCGCCGAUGUCUCCUCCUCGCUACAGGCCGCCGACGUCUCCUCCGAACUACCCGCCGCCACCUCCACCUCAGAGCGGCUACGGCUACUACGAGCAGUAUGGCGGCAACGGCUACUACGAGCAGUAUGGCGGCAACGGCUACUACGAUCAGUAUGGCGGCAACGGCAGCCACUACGACCAGUACGGCGGCAGCAACUACGAUCAGUACGGCGGCAACGGCAACUACUACGACCAGUACCGCGGCAACAGCACCGCCAACCUCUACAACAACUACGUCAACUACGUCGGCCACCCCCAGGGGCCUCACUACGUGCCGAACGACGCGCCGGACACCUUCAGCGACGAGAACCCCAACGCCUGCUCCAUCCAGUGA